AUGUCGAAAAUCAUCAGCCCAGCCCUUUUUGCCGAGCAUUUUCGACGAGCAUGGCUUGGCGCCCGGGGCACACUUCGCUACGACCGUAGAGAUCAAAAUGACCUCAUCCAAUUGCCACACAGGAUCGGCCUUGCCGUCAGUGGCGGCGCCGAUUCGAUGUGCCUGGCGUAUCUUUGCCAGAAGUUAGAGAAACUUGGUGUCCAUGGAACCAUAUCAGUCACUGCAUUUGUGGUUGACCACAAGGCCCGCCAAGAAAGUAACCACGAAGCAAAGACUGUGGCGGGCUGGCUACGGGAUAUGGGCUUGGAAACGGAGAUUCUAGAGUUAGACUGGUCUCCGUCAUUGGAUAGCCGGGAGAAGCCCAAAGAAAGUGGUUCAAAGGCUGCAAUGCCAACCGCUUUUGAGACUCAUGCUCGUCGAUUGCGAUUUCAGGCGCUUGGGAAAGCCUGUCGGGAUCGUGAAAUCGAAACCCUGCUUCUAGGUCACCACCAGGAUGAUACUGUGGAGACCACCAUUUGGCGGCUAAGCACUGGCAUGCGAGGUGCAGGUCUUGCCGGUAUCCAGGGAAUAGCAAGAAUCCCUGAAUGCCGGGGCCUCUUUGGAGUUUCCGAGAGUGGAUCUUCCAUCAUCCUUCCCGGAAGGCAACGCAAUGCCUCUGUUGAAGCGCAGGUUCGUGUAAACAACAAGGCCAGUGCGACAGUGACAUUCGUUCCCAAUGACAACAAUCAAAAGCGCCAGUCUCGUAAAGUGAAGCCGGUGGCCCCCACAGAAGUUUCUGUUGCAACCGGUGGCGUUUAUCUCUGUCGGCCUUUUCUCGGAUUCCCCAAGAGAAACAUCCUCGAAACCUGCCACACAUUCAAGAUCCCUUAUGUCUCUGACCCUAGCAAUUUCGACCCUACUCUGACUCCGCGCAACGCAGUUCGCAGCUUGAUUAGCUCCGGUGCCCUCCCUCAUGCAUUACAAUCUCCCUCAAUCCUCUCCCUUAUCAAAGCAAGCGACGAUAUCCUCCAAACGUCAAAUCAACUUGCGGACCAAUUACUUUCAUCAAAAUGCCGGAUCAUCGAUCUCAAUCUCAAGUCCGGGAUGUUGGUCGCACAGUUCCUCGAACUCCCGGCGUUCCUAGAUUCUUUCCGAUCUAACUUGUCUGAAAUUCGAGCCAAAGAGAUCGAAUGCCUUGCCCUUUCGUCGCAUCACGGAGCUAAUAUCCCCUUGCCCCGCAAAUCAAUUCUCAUUGCGAAGUUUCGAACCAUUCGUUUCCAGGGUCUUCUCGCCAAAAGACGAUCAACCAAGGCACGCCUUCACUCUAGGGGGGAGUCAAAUUCAUGCCUUUGGACCCCGCCCUCCUCAAACCCGGCAGCCCUUCAAGGACUAAACCCCGGAAAGGGCAAUUUAUGGCUACUUUCGCGCCAACCAUUUUUCAAGAACCGGGCUCCAGUCACACACCUAGAAGUGCCUACUCAUUCUUCCACUCCAACCCGGACCAAGCCCUCCCGAACAGAAUGGACAUUGUGGGACGAUCGGUUCUGGUUCAGGGUCUCGCUGUUUUUGAAUAAGACGAAAAUGGACGAUCCCACGAAACCAGUUUCAUUUGUAUUGAGACCAUUUAGAACAGACGACUUGCAGCAAGUCCGCAAGAAUUUCGGUCCUGGGAAGUCCGCCUCAAAUGGCGGACAUCUACAAAGGAAGCUCUUAGGGGAUGCUCCUGGCGAUGUGCGAUAUACAGUCCCGGUUCUUGCAGUGAAGUUCCCAUCCAAAUCCGGUUCGAAAAGCGGCGAGAAGGAUGUCGAACACCUAUUGGCCUUGCCAACAUUUGAUCUGCUACUUUCUGGUCGAAAUCCGCAAUCCGACUGUCUCAACGAGAUGCGACUUCAACAUGACAGUACGGUUUGGACAGUGAAAUGGGAGUGGAUGUACAAAGAGAUUGACACUGAAACAGUGCGCCUUAUGGGCGGGCCACUGAAAGCUGAAGAUAAGAUAGUCGGCUAA